CAAGGACUUGCCAACGUAAACCCAGCUUUAACCAUGGAGGUACAAAUUCUACCUCCAUUGCUUAAACUUUGUUCCGUUUCUUUUCUAGUAUCUUUGACACACGCUUGGUUCGUAAACAAAACGGUGUGUGUGCUGCGAAUGGAUUUUUGCGGUGUUUUGUGGACUUGUGACGUAGUGAUAUUGUUGUUAUUGUUAAAUGUAGCUUUAUUACAUUAAUUGUGACAGUCAGAAUAAAAUCAUCAAGAUGGAAGUGAAAAGGAAAGCUGAAGACAUGGCAUUGGUGCCAGAUUCAAAACGAUCUAAAAGUGAACUGGUGUCGAGUAAAGGUACCAGCAUGGUACCAAGUGACAUUCCGAGAACAUCGAGUUUGUUUGCGCCUAUUAUGUUGCUGGAGGGACAUCAGGGAGAAAUUUUCUCGGUAGAGUUUCAUCCGGAGGGCCAAUAUCUGGCUUCUGCUGGCUUUGACCGGCAGAUCUUUUUAUGGAAAGUUUAUGGAGAAUGUGAGAAUAUUUCUCUUAUGGCUGGACACACAGGCGCAAUAAUGGAGGUCCACUUUUCUACAGAUGGAAAUACACUUUAUACUGCAAGUACAGAUUGUACAGUGGGAGUUUGGGACAUUGAAAGUGGCGUUCGGACAAAGAAACUCAAAGGUCAUUCUACGUUUGUAAAUUCGUGCCAUUCUGCAAGGCGUGGACCAGCUUUGGUUUGUAGCGGUUCCGACGAUUGCACUGUAAAAGUAUGGGAUCCGCGAAAACGUGGUCAGUGUACAACACUCACAAACCAAUAUCAGAUAACAGCAGUUACAUUCAGUGAUACAGCAGAACAAGUUCUGUGCACCGGGCUAGACAAUGACAUCAAAGUCUGGGAUUUGAGGAAGAACUCAGUGCUGUAUAAACUCAAAGGGCACACAGAUACUGUCACUGGUCUGUCACUCUCACCUGACGGCUCCUAUGUUUUAUCGAAUUCAAUGGAUAAUACAGUUCGCAUAUGGGAUGUACGUCCUUUUGCUCCCCAAGAACGCUGUGUGAAAAUUUUAUCGGGGCACCAACAUAAUUUUGAAAAGAAUCUUCUGCGCUGUGCUUGGUCCCCAGAUGGAUCAAAAGUGUCUGCCGGCUCAGCUGAUCGUUAUGUUUAUAUAUGGGAUACAACAUCGAGAAGAAUUUUGUAUAAACUUCCAGGACAUAAUGGCAGUGUAAACGACGUAGAUUUUCAUCCCAAAGAACCUAUAAUUCUUUCUGGCGCAAGUGAUAAAAUGAUAUAUCUGGGAGAAAUCGAAUGAAUGGUAUUACUUAUGUGCUAGACAUUUUUCUUUUUAAUACUAGAAAAGCUCUGUUAUUGUCCAACUGUCUCAAUAUAAUUUUCCUUAUAUGAAGUACAAGUUCACCAAUGGUGCACUCAAGCUGGCCCAGAUAGUUUAUUACUAUUGUAAAUAUUAUUAGGACUCAAGAUUGAAGAUUACUUGGUGGACUAGUGUUUAGUUGUGUAAUGAAGUGCUCUACAAUAUAUGUUGAGCAAUCCACUGACUUUCAUGGACGGUGCAAAGGUCUGUGUGUGUGACAAGUGUGAAUCUGUCUAAUAUUGAUAUGAAACAGAGUAAUAAAAAUGUUUCAUUAGCUAGCCUCAGAUUUUAAUAUAUUUGCCUUGUUAUACAUCCUUGUGAAUUCCUAAGGAUAACAGAACAAUAAAUUGUUUACUCUUCUUUCAAAUGCAAACAUUUGUAUCAUUAAAAAUAGUGUAAAGUGCGGGGGAGGGGGGAAGAGUUUUUUCUAUUAUGACAUAGGGCAUAUGGAGUUCUCUUCUGAUUUGUAUCAUGAGUGAAGUGUGAAAAUACUGAUGCAGAGUAAAAGCUGUAACUAAUAUUUUUGAGGUUGGUUACAUCUUAUUAGAAGGGUGUGACAGUGACAUAGUCACAGGCCAAUACCUUGUUGGCUAGAGUGUGAUAGUGCAGUCGACAGAAAUCUUUGCUGUGUUGACACCUUGAUGUGUAACAUACUGUGAGGCCCAGGUUAAGCUGGAAAGUAAUAAUUUGGUUUAGAGUUGGAGAAGCCAUUGGAUGUGAAAUAAAGUUUGUGGUAACAGA